AUGUUUGUAAGGAUCCUAACAAUUACCAGCAACUACACCUAUGUUCAUGUGGUGCUUCGUAAUAUGGUCCCGAGCUUGGGACCUAUUAUUAUGUCUAUGUGUGAAUCGCUACUUACUCAGGCGCUUCGUUUCGCUCGCAUGUCUUACCUGGAAUCGUGGAACAUUGUAGUUCAGUCUUUGCAAGAUGGCACUUCUGUUCCCCGUCCCGUGCCAUCCCAGCAGCGCUCUAUGCUUUCAAAUCCGUUCUUGAAAUUUUUCGAACAUUUAGACAUGAUGGACAAGGUCCAUCGUGCACAUCCACUUUUACAUGAAAUGGACCUAUCAAAAUCUAUAUGCGAAGACGUCACACGCAUCGUGAGUCCAUUAUACGGUAUUGUGCUUGCCAAGCUUCAAGGCGAUCUUUCAUUAGCUCAGGGCUCAAUUUUGUCGGUCCCAGAACUGGAACGCACCAUUGCUCAGAUGUAUGUAUAG